AGUCGUCCAUUUCUAAUCCCUCCCUCUCCUCGGCUUUGAAUGUCGAUGCGCGGCCAGGGCGAGCGAAUGCGCAGCGGCGAGUGGAGUUAGGGCAUUCGCAGCGAGGAGCAGCGGGCUAUGAAGCUGGAUUCGGCAUCGAUCGAUCCAUGAGAUAUGAGAGUUUAGUAGUGGAAUGCACGAGUUGAGUUGUUGAGGAUGGGAUCAUGUUGCUCGGAUAUGAGUGGAGGUAUGGACGCUGUGGGUGGAAUGGACAUGUUGAAUCUAGACAAAGACACGGAGACUGCUGUUCCUUCUGACUUCCUUUCUGGAACGCGGGGUGUACCAGCGGAUGUACAGUUGUGGAUCUCGGCUUCAGAGCUGCGAGACAAAGAUUUUCUUUCAAAGAGUGAUCCUCUGGCUGUUGCUUUCAUAAGGAAAGACGGGGUGCUGGAAGAAGUAGGACGAACGGAAGUUGUAUCAAACACUUUGAAUCCGUCGUGGGUGACAGACAUAAAGGUCUCAUACAGUUUUCAAGACAUUCAGCAGCUACUGUUUCGAGUUUAUGACAUUGAUACAAAGUAUGCUGGAGUAAAUCCACAGGAACUUCCUCUUGAGGAGCAAGAUUUUUUGGGAGAGAUGACAUGUCUACUGGCAGAAGUCGUAGCUGCCCCUGGACAAUCUUUCAGCAGAUUAUUACAAGACAAGGUGGAUGGUGGAACAGAUAAAACUGGAGUGAAGAGCAUGGGAACGCUUACCAUCAAAGCAGAAGAGAUGCAGCACUCAAAGUCAAUUGUGGAACUUGUUCUACGAUGCUCGGAUCUAAAUAACAAAGACUUCUUCUCCAAGAGUGAUCCUUUUCUUAGGCUUUCAAGACUAAGGGAGGACGGAAGCAGUGUUCCUGUUUAUAAAUCUGAGGUCAAGAAAAACAAUCUCCAUCCGACAUGGAAGCUGGUCAGAACUACGCUGCAGCAACUGAAUAAUGGGGAUAUGGACCGGCCAUUGGUAGUUGAAUGCUUCAAUUAUAACGGAAAUGGUCGGCAUGACCUCAUUGGAUCUACGCAGGUGUCUCUUAAGGAACUUCAAGCUUCAGCUGGUGGUACCGUUUCGUUUGAACUGAAGCGGCCUUCGGAUAAUCAGGCAGGUGGAAAGCUUCACGUAGAGGGAUGCAAGAUCUCGUCUGGCCACAGUUUUCUGGACUACCUACGUGGGGGUUGCCAGCUGAGUUUCAUGGUCGCAGUCGACUUUACAGCUUCUAAUGGCAAUCCUCAUCAGCAGGACUCGUUGCAUUACCUGGACCCUUCCGGAAAACCGAACUCUUACGAGAUUGCUAUUGAAUCCGUGGGUGAAGUUUUGUAUCACUACGAUUACGAUAAGCUUUUUGCUGCUUGGGGGUUUGGUGGCAAGCCGAUGAACAGUCCAGUUUCUCACUGUUUCAAUCUAAAUGGACACAGCGCUGAGGUAGAUGGCGUGGAUGGAAUUCUUCGUGCCUACUCACAAGCUCUAAAAAGCGUGGCUCUUGCGGGUCCAACGUUGUUCGCUCCGGUGGUAAACAUGGCAUCGUCGAUAGCGUCGGAGUAUAUUUCACAAGAGAAGCAAAAGUACUUCGUGCUCCUAAUCAUCACGGACGGAGUGAUUACUGAUCUACAUCAAACCAUCAAUGCGAUUGUUAAUGCAGCCUCACUGCCACUCUCGAUUCUGAUUGUG